AUGGCGGAAGACGAAGAUUUGAACUGUUUAAACAACUUUGAUAGGGAAGGUUUACCUAGUUCUGGAUUGGAAAGCGAGAUAAUUGAAUACUAUUUUUAUAAAAGGUUCGAAUACAAGAACAUUGUGCUUUUUUGCAAAGGUAUACCACGGCAUACGACUGUCAGAGAGAACUUUUCGGCGUACAUUGCGAAGUUUCUGAACUACUGCAUUCACCCGUAUCUUUAUUACUUGACAGAACUUUUGACAGUUCGUCCCUCACAGUUUGUUGGAUUGUGUUUCUGAUAUCUUCCUUAAAUUUGCAGAUAUAUUCUAGUUUUAUGUAAAUUUACAUCGUGGCCAUGAACGUUGUUGGCGCGAUUUGGUCAUGGAAUUGCCGCGUUUCGUGUUUCCACAGGCCAGAUGAUCUUGAUACGCGGAAAAGUACUGGCACUAGUUGUCAAAUAGAAAUCCAUUUUAUGAUUAAAACAACUGCAUAUCUCCUGUAAUAUACUUUAUUUCGAUUCCAUAUUUUUGUCAGAGCUAUAGUUCUCAUAACUAAACAUAAUUACAAAAUUUUAACUAGUUUCAUAAAGAAUAACGAAAGAUAUAAUUAACUGAAUACAUCAAAAUGGAUUUCUAUUCGGACAACGCUUCUGAGCGCUGAUUGGCUAAAAUACGAACACGAGAUCACCUGGCAGUGUGAUCAAUAAAAAUAUCCUUCCGUUCAACUUCCACGCACGAUUUUUUCCUUUUUCAAAGAAAAUUUCCAUUCUAAAAAAAUACUAAUUUUUUUAAAGAGAAUUCUUGAACUGAAAAGUUGAAAUAUGACACCCAUUCACUCAAUGAGCGAAGAACAGGGCUUUAUCUUUACAUAGCUGCAUUUUCCUGUAGAAAAUUCGUAUAAAAAGAAAUAGAAGCAAAAUAUUCUCCAUUCAGGGAAAAAUCCUCUUACGUAUAGUAAUUUUGGAGAUUCGCCCGGUCUCCUCGCGUUAACCUGCGCGCGCAGCAGCGUUUUAAGAGGUUUAGUAAAGAGAUACCGCACAUUUUUAGUGAGAAAGUAUCUGUUCAUUUUUAAUAAAAUGUAAUAUUUCUUAUUGAAGUAAUGGUCUGCACAAAAUUCGAAUGAAAUUUCACCCCACAGUAUAUUUCAAGGUAAAGAGGUAAACGAACGUAUCAAGCAUAUUCUGCUCAAGAUCUGGGAACUUGUUUAGAAUAUGUCACUAGUGGAAAACUAUCUAUUCGAAAAGCAGCAGCUCUUUAUAACAUCCCUCGCACAACCAUAAAAACACAAUAGAAGGCAAGCACAGAGAAUCAAUUGGUGGUCAAACCAUAUUUAACCAUGAAGAAGAAGAGAUAUUUGUUUCCCGAGUAAGCAUGUGCGAUUGGGGGUUCCCCUUGGACAAGAUUAAUUUACGAAUGAUGGUAGCUGCAUGCAUAUCGUACCAAGCAAAAGAGGGUCAUACGUCAAUUCAAAAAUAAUAUACCAGGAGAUGACUGGGCUAGUAACUUCAUGAAAAGAUGGAAACAGGCACAUAGAGUUGCAACAAACAUAAGACGAAAAAGAGGGAAACUGGCAAGGACAGAACUUGAAACCUAUUUCAACAAUAUCGAUUUUGAGCUCCGUUUAUAAGUUUACAAAUACUGAUAUAUUUAAAAUUUAUAUGUAACCUUUGAGUGAAAGGUUGUGGAACUACUUUGAAUUUAUGUGAAGUCCUUUGAAAUUGAUCGCUGAUAAUUUAUUACGCCUUGAUAUCAUGUCAAAGACUCGCUCAAGCUCGAAAGUCGAAGGCGAAGGGUGUCAUGUCAAUCUUGAUCAAAAGAUAAAAGCUUUUAUGAAAUCAGAUGAUUUUAGAGCAAUUCUUUCUACAGCAAUUAAUGUCACAGUCGAAGCGGCUAUCAAGUGUUUUAAGAACGAAUUCGUUGAACUAAUCGAUGUUAGAAUGAAAGCGCUCGAGGACACGAAUACUCGCUUAAAACGUGAAUUGACAGAGCUGCAUCGAAAGUUGGGUGAAGUCGAUACUAAAGCGAAUGAAAAUGAGCAGUACUCUCGCCGAAACAAUCUACGUUUCUAUGGUAUUAUUGAGAAAGAAACAGAGGACUGCUACGAUGAAGUUGUGAAAUUUUGUGAUCGCGAUUUGGGAGUGGCAAUCGAGCGAAAUGAAAUUGAUCGUGCUCAUGCACCGACUCG